CGCACGAUCUACUCGUGACGUAGGCAGAGUUGUCUAGCGGCAUUUACGUUGGUUUGGAGUUUUGUAGAAGCUAACCACCAACAGUGUGAGAGUCACGAGAGGACAUUUGGCUAAAUGUCUUCACCAACCCAAGUAGAAGAUGAUGAGCUGGAAGAUGUGGAGUUUGUAUCGGAGGGUCCUUUAAAUCAAGUGCUUGAAUGCAUUGACCUGCUGAGUGACAGUGAGGAUGAUGGAUGCUCAUCAGUGGAAGACAUGCUUGAAGACAAAAUCAGUCGUCAUAAAGCUCAUGUAACGUCUACACUUGACAGACUGGCAGAUAAGGUAGCCCAGGAGAAAAAAGAGAGAGCAGCUAAAUUUAGAGCAUUUAAGGAAAAACAAAUUUUACAAAAAGCUCAUGGGCAGCAAGAGCUGGCUGGUUCGUCAACAAAUGGCGUGUCCAUUGAAGCAAAGCGCUGUGUGGACAUGUGGUUGAGGAUGCCAGGCCUUAAGCCCGGAGUGAUCAGCACUGGCUCAGGAAGGAGACGCACUCAAGCUGCUUUCCCGACAACCAGUUCAAGCAGCCACACAUGUCCAGUUAUUAACUGUGGACGUGUUUACGAGAACAUCUCCCUCCUUGAUGGGCACUUGAAGCGGUUUGAUCACUCCCCAUGUGACCCAGCGAUUCACCUUAGAGGAAGUCCGUCCGAGUUCUUCGCUUGCGUUGCCUGCGGUCUCUGCUUUCAGACCAAAGAAGAAUGGAAACGACAUAUUGAAUCCAAGAUAAGCUCAUAUAGCAGUGAUAAUCACAGCUCUGAUCAGACAUAUCAGAGGAUUGUGUGCUUUGCUUGUCCUGCUUGCUUCCUCAUCUUCAACUUACGAGACGAGUGUCUUCAGCACAUGUCUGACAAAAACCACUUCACUGAGUCUCUCAUCAUGACAGAAAGCAAAGGAAGAGCGCGGCCAGUUCCCGUCCCACAACAUGCAAAGAAUCGUCUAGUUUCUUUGUGUAAGGAUGUUCCAUUCAAGGUCCGCUGUUCCUUAUGCCACCAAGUGCUGAUUUCACAUCAAACGGCUCAAGCUCACUUUAAUGUGCACUGCAGGCAAGGCUGUGCUGUGGCCAAGUCUGACAAAACCAUCGUGGACGUUAUGAAACAGCUUCAAGUACGAGGCCAAUGCCUCCUCUGCUCUAAGGUGUUUCUCAGCCAGGCUGAAAUUGAAAGGCACAAAGACUCCACGCUACAUGAGGUUGAGGUCAAUCAGACCGUGGCCAAGGCGCUCCUUCAGUACAGCAGGUUUGCUGAGAUUCAGCAAACUCAGGAGAGAGCAGAGGCCCAGGAGAAAAGAGCAUCAUAUGGCCACGAGGUUGCUUUUAAAAAAAGAAACAAAGGAAGGAGUAACCACAGCGAAUCUCCAACCAAACGGCAAAGAUUGAGUCCUAGCGUGAGUGCCGACGGCAGCAGGGCUUCAGCGAUGGCUUGGCUCUGUGAAUGUGGCCUGCAGUUCUCUGAGGAGGCCAACGCCACUCAUCAUCUACUGGCCGCAAACCAGAUUUUCCAUCAGUGUGGCGUUUGUGGCAAACACAUGGGGGAGUCUUCAGUCACCCGCCUGCAUAUGAGCCGCUUCCAUGGGGGGGCGCACCUCUCCAACUUCCUUUUCUUCUGCCGCAAGUGCAAAGUGGAAAUGCCCCGGAUUGAAGACAUCUUGCUACACGUGUCAGAAGUCCACAGAGGGCACACCUACCUCACAGAGAAGGAGGUUCCCCUCCAUCUGGAUGCCAAACCUUCCACUAGCAUUGGGGCCGACUUGCCCUCACGCUCCGCACCUAAAUGGCAGCGUGACGCAGUGGAGACCCAGCAUUCGACAGCAGGGCAAACAUGGAUGUGCAGAAUGUGCGAAGAUGUCUUUGACUCGGAAGCGUCUGUCUUCAAACACUGCAGCGACGUUAGCAGUCACAGCUUUCAGAGAUUCGUCUGCGGACACUGCCCCCAAAAGUUCUUCAAGGAAUCCACCGUACGGCGGCACUGCAUGAAUGAGCAUGACGGGCAGAUAAAGAGCUCCUACUUCUGCGGCCUCUGCGACAGCAUGCAGCUUGACACCGAGGAUGAGUUCAUGGAGCACUACAGGAAGGUUCACAGUAAGGACUACUACUGUAUGGAUGAGCCAGAAGAUGUUCAGCCAUCUGCUACUGAGGAAACUGAUCAGCACUCAUGCUCAUGUAUGGGUGGGGGAGGAGUCAAAGAGGAGAAGAAAGCCGUUUAUACUCGAUGCAUGAGGAAUCUAGCUGCAGAGGGAAGGUGUCAGUAUGUGUGCGCUCCUUGCAGUGUGUCUCUGCCAUCUUACGCACAGAUGAAGGCCCACAUCCACACAAAGCACGCAGCCUUGAACCUGGACAAGACUUUUGACGUAAUAUGCCAAGAGUGCCAGGAGAGUUUCAGCGGCGUGCCGAGGUUCCAUAAACAUUAUCAUUCCCUGCACUGCAGACUGGAACCGUGCCUGAGCUCCAGGGAAAUGACGGGGGAGACGAAACCAGAACCUAAAACUGUAAAAAUAAUACAAGCUGUCGAGAUCAAACCAGGAAGUGAUGAGAUUGAAGAUGAAACGCUGGUGAAGAUUUUAAACACCAGUAGAGCCACUGAUGAGGGAGAAGCACCUGAAGAUCAAGCAGAUGAGGAAAUGCAGCAUGUGCUUUCUUUAAGUGCAGAAGAAGCAAGAGAGUCAACUACAGAGUCUGCUGAUUUGGAAGAAGCUCUAAAAAGAAGUCUAUUAGAAUUCUAGGUACUUUAAACUCUGCUUUAAUGACACACAGAGAGACAUGUUUUGUACCUGUUCCAGUCUGAUUUAAUAAAUAAAUGAUUUCUG